AUGCGCAGUGAGCGGAAACCCGCACAAGAUUGGGGCGGGGCCGCUCGAGCUCUUAAAGGGACCGCGUCGUAAUUUUUAGAGGGAAAGGAGCUGGUUGUAGCUGCUGGUGCAAAAUGAGCGAAUCCCUUGUGGUGUGCGAUGUGGCCGAAGACCUCGUGGAGAAGCUGAGGAAAUUCCGCUUCCGCAAAGAAACCAACAAUGCGGCCAUUAUCAUGAAAAUCGACAAGGACAAGCAGCUGGUGGUUCUGGAUGAAGAGCACGAGGGUAUUUCCCCGGACGAACUCAAAGACGAGCUUCCAGAGAGGCAGCCUCGAACAUUCAUUGUCUAUAGCUACAAGUACCAGCAUGACGAUGGGAGAGUCUCUUACCCGCUCUGCUUCAUCUUCUCCAGCCCAGUUGGGUGCAAGCCUGAGCAGCAGAUGAUGUAUGCCGGUAGCAAAAACAAGCUUGUACAGACCGCAGAACUUACAAAGGUAUUUGAAAUCAGGAAUACAGAAGACCUCACCGAGGAAUGGCUCCGGGAGAAGCUGGGCUUCUUCCACUGAACCGGACCCGAAGCUUCCCGUCCUGCGCAAACUGGAACCCGACGCGACGACGCCUCCUUAAUUUUUUUGAGACCUGCGCAAAGAAGGCACUGUACUUAACAAUGGCUUCCUGCAGUGUGUGUAUAUGCAUGUACAUAAAUAUGUAUAUAUUUUGUGCGUGCAACGUUUAUACAGAUGAGAGGGGAGGGAGCAGCGUCUCCCGCGUAACCAAACUUUGCCCGGUUCCCAUCUCCCUAUUUUCCUGAUAACUCUCCAAAAGGGAACCAUUUCUCAUUUGCAGGGACAAUUUCCCCCUCCCGUCCAUCUCUUUGUACUCACAUGACUAAUAUUUCUAUAUGGCUUGAUCCAGGACUUGUAACUGUUUACCAUUAUGGAGAGGGGUUGUCUCCGUAGGCGCCCUUCCUAUACAUCUCUAGAGACGAAAACCGAGCCUUCAAGUAUUGUGUUUGUGUAUCUGUUUAUCUGGGGGGCUAAAGGGAACGUCCUUGUUCAGGUUUGUCCCCUCUUUGAGAUACAGAUGCAUUCUCUUACUCAACUGGAUACUGAUUAUUUACAUGCAAAAACAGUACUGUAUUUAAUGCUUGAGACACAAAGCAUUGUUACGUUAUGGACUACAAUUCCCAGAAUCCCCUAGCCAUGCUGGUUGAGGGAUUUGGGGAGUUUUCUUUUUCAAGGACCUCUUCCAAACGUUCUUGGCUUAAUGCAAGCGUCAAAGAGUGUGAUCUUCCGCAAGCGAAAUUUUAGUAUCGAUAACUUCUCAAUCGGUCCAUCUUGAUUGUUGUGUUUUCUUUCAAAAUUCCAGUGAGGGUUUCGCUCGAUCGCGAACCAAUACGAAUUCCCACCCUGGAGGAGUCAGGACUGUGACUUGCCUUUUAUAUGUCUCUUGUCUUAAAAGAUAGCGCUAGAAAGUAGAUUUAAAGCAGCACCAACAACCACCACCACCACCACCACCGCAACCUUUCAAGGGCUUGGUAACAUUCGGGUGGACACACAUCCCGUUCCAGAAGACUUUGUACUCAAAUUUUCCUGUUCUCUUGACUUUUGUACGCAAGCACUUCUCAAUCUUUGUGCCUUUCGAAAAGUAAUCUCUUGAUUGUAUGGAAAUUAUAUACUGCCAGUUUUUGUAAACAAACCAAUGCUAAA